AAACUUGGUGUAGCCGUGCAUUUUUCAGAGAUAAUUAGCCUCGAAUCUCGAACAACGAAAACAAAGAAGAAAAAUUAUUUCUUUACAGAUUUCUUAGAACUCGUCUUAACGUACACAAAAGGAGAGCUAGUUAUAAAGAUCUUUAAAGUGCCACUGAAACGAAAUUUUCGUAUAUGAGAUUUUUACAUAAUUUUGUAGUUUGAAACACGCUGAUUAUCGUGGGCUAAUUCGUUUUCGCCAGAAAAAAGGGGAAAGUUGUAUUUUUUAGGGUUGAAAACCGCAUUUUUGCUUCAAACCAUGUCCGGGCCCUGGGACCGAAUGAAAACGAUUGUUGACGUCACUGGUUGUAUUCAUCUCGCUAGCGUGGGUCUUUUCUCUCAUAUUGUUUGUAUUUAUACGGUCCGGCAUAAUGUCUGAAAACGAGCUUUCUACGGGUGAAUCUUCUUCCGAAGGGAGCGAAGACGUUUGCAGCAGUGAUGGAGAAGAUUAUUAUGUAUUUAAUGGUGAUUUUGCGCCGUACCAAGGCGAGCCCUUACCCGACUUUUCUCCAUUAACAAACCGUGAAGACGGUGAUAGCAAUGGCGGCGGCGAAGAUGAAGAAGACGAAGACGGUAUUUUGCCCUCCGUUUUGGAACAACGUUUCGAAGGACAAGUUCCUUUAGACAGUUGGUGUACGUGUGGAAAUUGCAAUGUGACACACUUAGCUGGGGCGCGUGAAUUUAGAUGCUGUUACGAAAUACUUCAGACGAGAGGGAAAUUUACAUUUAUCGGUCUCGAUGCGGAAUGCAUUUUGAACCAUCCCGACUUUUCUCCAUUAACAAACCGUACUGUUCUUGAGCAAGUUGGACCACUUCUUCGCGAUAAAGAUGGGCGACAUUAUCGAAGAAGGAAUGAUGCAGCUCAAAAUAAGUUUCUCAGAGCUGUGGUAUAUUGCUGGUUGGCUAGGUGGUUGUUUGGCCCUAUGGGAUGGGAAAACACGAGACCUUUGCCCUCGUGCAUCUACCACAGGAUAAGAUCAGAAUUCCAAACCCAUGAGACAACUGGCUACGUAUCUGGUCAGGAGCGAGCUGACCAGAAUGACUGAACUUUGAUCUUGUAUAGUUGUGGUGACAAUCUUUCUGAAGUACAUGCCUGUGAUAAUAACAAAUAGUUAAUUUCAGACCGAGAAAGAAGUUGUUGUUGACAUGUUCAGUUUCCUUUAGUUGUUUCAAAGAUUGCAAUUUUUUUAUUAUCUUAUCCCUCAAAUCUGAUGGUCUAAUUGUUAGAGGGAAAUGAAAGUAUUAUAUGAGCCUAGAUAGGUAGUUUACUUAGGUUGUAGGUUCACAUACAUUGUCAAGAAUGGGCAAGUACAUGUAAUAUUCAAAUAUAUUUUAUUUCUUGAUCAGAACCAAGUCUUGUGAUUGUUGAUGAAAACUGUUGCUUGCACACAUUGAGAAAUCUAACCGUACUACUAUAUAUGUAUAUAUAUAAAGAUGUCUGGCUUUCGUACAGUCACUGCCUGAAAUUUUUCAUUGCAAUCAAAUACAAGUUAUUUUUGAUUUAACUGAACAAAAUUUAUCGUGUUACAAAGAAUAAAAACAAGAACAAUUGCAGAAUUGUGAUCAUUAUUGUGACCAUAAUGCAGUGGAAAAAAGUGUAACCUGCC